CCGCCUGGAACAAUAUCUACGAUUUAGCAUCAAUUUGCAGCCUAAUUGCUCCGGCAUUCCAUGGGCACUCCCUGGGCAUCUUUUGGGUACAGCAGGUAGACUGCUCCGGCAUUGAUGGAGCUUAUCAUGUUUUCAGGAUGCACUCUGUAGCCAUGGCAUCUGUGUGAUGUAGAGCUUUCCUGGUUUAUGGAUACUUACAGAACAUCAUUUGGGCAUCACAUUAUUUGGGUGCUACAGGGAGCCAAGGCCAUACUGGGAGGGAGAUUUCUAUGUGACUGGGUGACACCAAGCUGUCUUAAGCUUAGGUGUCACGGACUUGUGCCCCUUACUGAGGAAUGCAGCACAGACCCUGCAUUUUAUACCCCCUUUUUAUCUGCUUUACAGCAUGACUACCUCCUCCUGCUGCAGGGAGCUAAGGGGUUAACUGAUAGGUGGGCUGGGUUAGAGAGGAGGUGGGCCAUUAGCUAGGACAGAAGCCUCCCUCCCCCUUCCUCACACUAGUGGCAGCUGUCAGAAGGGAAAGCUCUGUAGCAGUCCCUGUCUGUGAGGAAAUGGCUGAGGAGUUAGUUGCGCUUCUCUGGGAGAGGGCUUGUGGGGAUUAGGGCUUCAUAGCUCGGGUGCUUGCCGAGCUGGGAGCCUCCCCGCACCCCCCUUUGCUGGGUGUUACAGCUGAGGUGUAGGCAGCAUCUGGUAGCCGGCUCACUGUGCGGUAUGUCCGUGCUCCUGUGCGCUUCAGCCCCAGUCCCCCCAGGUCUGGUAGACAGUGUGGCUGGGCAGCAGCCGGCCCUAGUGCUAAGGAGGGUGGACGUAUUGUUGGAGGGCGCACUGUUGGCGCGUGUGGGAACCCUCCCCCCUCUACACUUGUUGCAGUAGAUACAGUCCCAGUUCAGCCCCCUCUGCACGCACCACGUGCUUCCCCUCACCUCACUGCUGGCUCCACUGUUACUGCAACUGGGCACUCUCAUCCAUCCAUCCAUCCCCCUGCAGUUAUGGGCAAUAAUACUGCUGCUGCUUCCAGCUCCUCAGCAGCUGAGGAGGCUGUGGACACUGCUCUCCCCCCAAAUACUGAGGAUUAGUCACUGCCCCCCACCUCCUGUCUCUGUACAUGAGGAUACUAAUGUUAAUCAUGCAGAUGCCUUAGAGGCCCCUUCUUGUUUUCUAGAGCCCCAUUCAGCAGGACAGGUGAGAUCCUGCUCCCGCCAGAUGGAGUGCCGCCAUGUACAAUCCCAAAGGCGCCAUGGGCAGUCUUUUUCCCAUUCCUCUUCGAAGAGUUCUGGGCCCAGCAGAUCCAGAUGUUCCAUAGGAGCCAUAGGCGUGAGGACUCCGGGCGCCAAAGUAGAUUCAGGCGUUCCCGCUGAUCCAGAUAGUCUCGCUAGCGAUCUCCUUCAUCCUCAGGCAGCCGCUUGAGGAGUCCGCUGGGCCAUGAGUGUCCAUCCAGAUCCAGGGGAGGGUCCGCCCGGACGUCCAGUCUGGCGCAGUUCCUGUAGUGACUCCGCCUUCAGUGGUUCCCGAUACUCCGACCGCUCUAUCGGUCCUUCAUCCUUUGCCCACGGUGAUUGCAGACAACUUGCAGUGAGUUUGAUUUUGCUGGGGCUUGGGGUUCGGGGUGUGCUCAACCUAGUGUAGUUCCAGUUUUGAAGGCUUUGCUGUGCUCAGCUUGAUCCAUCCCCUUCCGGUAGUGGUCAGCUCCCAUCCCCUUCCCCUAUGGCUAGGUGGGCUCUUUCUCCUGUCAGGGUACAUAAAGAAGCGUUCUUUUGCGCUAUCAGUCCCCAAGGGGUCCAUGUUAGUGAGGAUGUGAGACAAAAAAUUUGGGAUAAGUAAUUUAUAGAUAUUUGGUCCCUGGUUUCCAUGGAUCAGAGCACGGUGGACAGGGAGCACAGGCAGGUGACGGAUAGACCCGUUGACCACCAGCCACAGGUUUUAAAAACAAUCAAUAAUUGGCUCCAGGCCUUCUCUAUCCUGGGCUGUAUAAUGGGCCAGAAACACCCUGAACGCUGCUCAGAGCUCUUUUGUCUACCUUGACUCCAUUUACAAUGCUUAUAAGGCUUAUUGGGGGCAGCGCCUGGGGGAAAAUACGAUGAGGAUUUCCGCAGUCGUUUAGCAUUACAACCUGAGGUGGGCUGGGGGGCCAAGUCUACUGAUGUGUGGUUGAGGCUUAUGAUGUCUCAGCACCUUCCCCCCUUUCCUGGUGGGGCCACUGCCGCUCAGCCCGGUCAUCAAGGGUCAGUGGCCUUCCGCUGUCUGGGCUCCUGUUGGCUCUUCAAUGAAGUGCACUGUAAGUUCUUUGGGCUCUGUAAAUUCAAGCAUGAGUGUUCCAUGUGUGGGGGCUCAUGCAGCAGUUCGCUGACCUAAACACGCCAAGCCAUAAUUGAAAGCAGCAGUCAACGCUGAAGGGAAAGACCACAGUGAGCGUAGCCGCGAUGUUGCCCUGGCUUGAGCGCUACCCCCAAUAGACAAGCGGCGGAACAACUGAGGUUGGGUUUUUUGUAUGGUUACUUUACUCCAUUUGUUCCAUCCAGUUGUCCUGUUUUGUCUUCUAACUUGCUUUCUGCCAGAAAACACCCUGAUGCCCUCAGAGAGAAGAUAGGUAAGGAAGGGAAUUUGGGCAGGCUUGAGGGUACUUUUCUCCCCCCCCCCCCCCUUUUUCCAAUAUCCGGGUUUCCCUUCUGGGUAUUGUUCCUAAGAAAUAUUGUGGUAAAUUCUGGCUGAUUCUUCAUCUUUCACACCCCCAGGGAGGAGUCGUCGGUAUCCUACAUCUCCUGUGACAAGGCAGUUAUGCUGGUUCGUAAUGCUGGCCGGGGAGGGGGGGACCGCUUUUGGCGAAGUUUGAUUUCGAGUCCGUCUUUAGGCUCCUCCUGGUUCAUCCAGAAUGUUGCCGUCUGUUAGGCUGCCAGGUUGAUGGGUCGUUUUAUUAUGACACCUAUUUGCCUAUGAGAUGUUCCAUUUCGUGCCACUAUUUUGAGUUGUUUAGCACUUUCUUGGAAUGGGUGGUGCGUUAUGAAACUGGUGUUCGAUCCAUCAUUGGACGAUUUUCUAUUUGUUUCCCCAGGUGAUUCCCCACACUGCCAUAUGCUUCUUUCUACUUUCUGUUCCCUCAUGAGCAGGUUUGGUGUUCCACUGUCAGCCAAGAAGACAGAGGGUCCUAGCACUUGUUUGUCUUUUUAGGGUGCCUGCAGCAUUAUUCCCGUAUGGUUUUUUCCCGUAGGCUUUCCCUGGCCACAAAAGGGGUCCGCAGACCUGAUCACCAUAUUAGAUUGUCCUCACCUCUCAAAGCUGAUCUUUUGGUGUUGCGAGAAUUUCUUAGCAAUGGUCGAACUUGCCUGCAGGCUUCUGAGACCAGUAAUGUUAAACUGUCCUUGUUCACUGAUGCGGCUGCUUCAAUGGGUUAUGGGGUAAUUUUGGGUUCUCAUUGGAGUGCCGAGGCCUGGCCACCUUCCUGGCGGUAGUAGAGACUCUGUUGCAACGUUACGCUUCUUGAGCUGUUUCCUAUCAAUGUGGCUGUUGAGCUUUGGGGCCAGGAGCUCAGAGAUUGUAAGGUCUGUUUUUGGACUGAUAAUUUAAGUGUAGUACAUUGCAUUAACAGUUUGUCCUCAUCUUCCCGUCCGGUGCUGGCCCUGCUUCGGCAUUUAGUUCUUAGAUGCUUUCAGUAUAAUAUUUGGUUCCGUUCUCACCAUGUGCCAGGUGUGGAUAAUGUGUUGGCUGACGCUCUCUCUCGCUUCCAAUUUCAGGUGUUCAGAAUGCUGUGUCCGGGGGCGGCUCCGGAGGGUCUGCCUUGCCAGAGGUACAUCUGGGAGUUAGUGACAACCGCUUGAUGCCGCUCAUUUGUUUAUCGGUGGCGCCCGCCACCUGGAAUGGUCACGGUCCUUCCCCAGUGGUGUAUAUUCUCGGACACUCAUACAUACUCCAGGCAGCUCAGAGGGCUGCUACCCGCCCAGGUGGUCGUUCCCUGGGAUUUCAUCAGGCGGAGCUGAGGUGGCGUGGCAGUCCUGGCCUUCAGUGGUCCAGGGUGCUGACCGAUUGCAUUACAAUUGCUGUCACAGUUGGUGGUGGAUGAGUGUUCAUGACCCCCGAAUGGAGGAAGUAGGCUAUCCGCCGCCGGGGCAGCAACCCACUCGAGGUGGAAGUUAUAGAGGUUUUGAGAAUGUUUAAGGUUGAUAAUAAAGCUGUGGCUGACCCCCAUCGUCCAUUAAAAGAGUGACUGUUGUCCCGGUUUUAUUUUACAUAAAAGGUAGGGGUCAAGCCCCGGUAGAAGUAUAAGACAUACAACAAGUCAGGUGAUGUGUGUACAGAAAGUAGGUGGGGCAAUUAUUGUGCCUGGUAGUGGUUGUACAAUGAAUUCUUGUUGGGAUUUUUCUUGGAGAUGUAAUGGGCACUGCCCAGGUGCCAUCCAGACAUUACACCAACUUGGAUGCUGGCCUGUAAUUCGGAGAAGUGCUUGAUGCUAUUUCUGUCCAAUUCUGAGCUGUGAUGUCAAAUGAAUCGAUGUCCUGCAAUGAACAGAUAUGUUGAGCCUUGUUUCAUUGACUUUUGGGGCAUGCUGUUAUGGGCUACUUGAUUGUCUGGAAACUAGUACACACUGUGUAGUGCUACCAACCAUCUUACUGGAGGAGUCUACCUCUCCCCCUGUAUUGUGGAAGAUGUGCCCAUCACAAGCACUGCUGGGUCCUGCCCUGUGUAAUAACAUACACUAUUAUACAACACUGGAUGAGAAUAUUAAAGGUUUCCCUAGGCUCAGACUGUGUUCUUUUUAUUUCUGCAGGUGUCAGAUCAUGAGCAAUGAGUCACCUGCAUGGGAGAAUAUAACUGACAGUUCCACGGCUGCACCAGGGUCGUCCACUCAAGAUGGGUACAUCUUGCUCCUGGUUCUCUUGUCCAUCUUUAUUGGAGGAACACUCCUCCUCCUUAUUGGGGUCUUGAUCCUUUGCAGGCGCUGUUGUGACUCACGUCUGAGACUAUCCAGACCCAGUGAUGAUGCAGAAAAAACAAACACUUCCUACGUGGAUGAAACCCAACCCACACAUGAUAUCACCAUCAGGAUAGAGGAUGCCGAAUCUCUUUCAGCUUCAGGGACCCGGGAUGCAGAGUCCGAGAGAUUUCUAGGCACAGUGUCCUGUGGUCGACGGGUCUCAUUUAAUGAGGGAGCAUUAUGUGGGCAAGAAAAGAGAGAGCGCGAAAGAGGAAGGAGAUACACUUUGACAGAAGGAGACUUCCAUUAUUUAAAGAAUGCCCGAUUAACACUCCCCCCAUUACCGCCAACUGCUUUACGCAUUCUAACAAUACAUGAAAGUGAAGGUGGUGAAAGCAGUAGCAGUGGAGCAGCAUCAAACACACAUUCCAUCUCUCCAACUAAAUCCAACAUUUCAAUAUACCAGCCUCCUCGAAGUCCGCCUGCACCACUUACUAGACUUUCACUCAGUUUAACUUCUGCUCUUCCUGGAGAUGCGUACAACUCUGUGGCUGAUACAAGUUUCAUAGAAACUCUCACCCAUAGUCCAUCAUCCCAUAGGCAAAGUCCUACUAAUGCCAGGUUUGACCUUAGAAGUCAUCUCCCUCAGGGUGGCCCUAGCUCUGAUGUGAGUACCACACAAAGUCAAGGUGCAGUGCUUCACUUCUUCAGCCGUCUAAGGCGUCAUGCAAGCUUAGAAGGAGCAAGCCCCUAUCUAAAAAUCAAGAAAUGGAAACUGGGCAGUGUCCAGAGAGCAAGCAGCUUAGACACCAGAGGUUCUCCAAAGCGGCAUCAGUUCCAGCGACAGAGAGCAGCAAGUGAAAGUGCAGAACGUGAUGACAUCAUACAAUACAUUGCCCACACACAAGAUACUGGUUUCACUUUAAACCAGGAAUCUAUCAUCCAACAGCAUGGCACUCCACUACAUUCUCUCGGCAGGCUAGACCACAGGGAAGAUGGGUCACUGGCUGAUGUAGGAAGCACAGAACAGGGUCAGCUUCCUCCCCAGUGUGACAUCUGGAGCCUACGUGCAUCACUGGAACUUUGUGCCUCUGAUCAAAGUAGUAGCAACAAUGAUCGUGAUUCUGUUCGCAGUGAUGCAGAAAGUGUUAGCUCCUUGAGUGGACUCCCUAGCCUUCCUUCUCAAGAUCUGCCUGAUGUUAAGUCAGGAAAAGGACAAGAGCCAGAGACUGGUUCUCGAAAGCUUUUACAGAUGGACAGUGGCUAUGCCUCUAUUGAAGCUCCUUGUCGACCACCAGAUGAAUCAUGCAGCCCCCAUCGGGACAAGACUGCAUCAGAAAAGCGACUGUUUUUCACACAUGCUGGACGGAAAGGAACAGUAUUUGAGAGUUUGGAGGGUCGCUUAUAUGAACAGGGUGCUUCUGGUGGAGAGGAAGACAAAUUGUUUCCACACCACACUCCAUCUCUCAGUCCACACGAGACACUUUCUAGACGAGAUUAUAGCAUAGAUGAAAAAACUGAUGCCCUGUUUAAUGAGUUCCUUCGGCAUGACCCACAAUAUGACGAUUCCCCCCUUCGCAUCAAGCAUCGCUCUAGAGCUCAUCUGCGCAAACAAUGGCAGAGGACAAAACAGUACAGUGAUCCAGGUAUCCGUUUCCCUCCUGCUUUGGACAGACAUCGUGCUUCCCCCUUACGUCGAGGAGACAGCACUAGCUACCUUCCCGAUACGAGAUACCACAGUACGCUACCACGAAUAGCAAGUACUACGGACGAGGAAGGACCAGAUGGCUGUCCAUUAAGCCCAGCUUCGCUUACACCUGAAGACAAAAUUCAGGCUAUUGAGGAGGAACCUUGUGAGCAUGGGCCUGCUCCUGAGGAACCUAGGCCUCCUGCUGAAAACCCUGAUCAAGAUUAUGGUUAUGGCCCCCAAACAACAGAGCUGCUGGACAAAAUAGGUGCAGGACUUGAGGAACGAUUGUACCCAAUUGUGCAGAGGACAGCAUGUAGUCCUGAGAGGCUUUGCACAGUGGCACAUAUCUCACCUGAUCACAGUCCUGUGUAGAACAAACAAUGUCUGUCUUCAGCAAGGAGACUGGACACUAAAAUGGGAUUAAGUGACUGAGCUAAAAAAGCAGAACACUUCCUGUAUAGUGCAGUGCCAAAUGAUACCAACCCAGUCGCUCAUUUUAUCCACUGCUACAUUAUGUGCCAUACAAACACAAGCAUGACUGUAAAUACAGGCAGCACAUGUAGAACACACAAACAGCAUGGGCAUACACACUACAUUAUUCACAGUAACAUGUACAGUUAUCUUCCAAGCAAUAUGAAGUUUCUUCCUGAAAGCCCUCAGGGACCCAGCAUUAGGGAAAUGGGGGCAUAGGAUGGAUUCAGUGGCUUUCAGUGUGGUUGCUACAGAUCCAUUACUCCCUACCCAAAAACUGAACCUACAGGCACAAGGUGUGAGGUUUAUGUAGGGUCUGUGACAAGUGUGGGUGGAUCUUAAUAUUUAUUCAUUAAUUUAUUUUAUUUAUUUAUUUUCUAAAGCUGCUUUGUUCCUGGGAGAUGGUGCAAUCUUGCCUUUGUAUUCCAAUGUAGCACACAACAGGGUGCAAGAUUUUGUUUUCAUGCUCUCCCCACCACCACUGUGUAUUUCCCCUUUAUUAAAAUGAGACAGCACAUAUUAAUGAUAA